GAUUUUUAUUUCUAUUUUUGGUUAGUGGCGUGUUAGCGUUUUUGUGUACAGAAAUGAGAAUUAUUUCGCAAAUAUUGUUGUAAACCUCAAAAUACUGUUACAUUUUUACCACGUUUAGAGAUUUAUGCAAUCUAAAUUGUAUAGUCGCAAGAUAAUUGUAAAAUGGCGGACGAAGUGCCCGUUUGUGAUGUAUUAUGUGAAGCAAUGGAAUAUUUGUCGAAACUGGGGUCUAAUCUGAGGGCCCGGUCUGAAAACUUGAAAGAGAAAAGAAUACGGAAAGAGAAGCUCAAGAAUUUCCAUGCUGUACAGAAAGCAGCGGACAAAGUUCUCCUGAUAUGUCAAUUGUCAAAAAAGUCCUUAGAAAAUGUGGAAGUUGGCGUUAGAAAAGUGCUGUCGAUGGUGAACGAUAGUCAGUCCAGCAUAGGCGUAGAUGCGGUGUCUCCAGCUCCAGCAGUUGCUGAACCAGAAGCGAAGUACCAGUACUUUAAAUACCGCUCACGCAAACUAAGGAUAGCGAAACAAGUUCCAUUAAAACAUUACAUGUCAGUGAAGGUUAUGGCGCGAAAAAUGCCCCGGUCGAUGCAAGAUAGGUAUCCGGUUUACUAUGAUUGCAAGUUGUAUAGAAGAAGGAAAAGAAAACAAUCUACAGAAAAUAAUGAAAAUACUAAAAGGAAAUCUGACGCAUUGGUUGAGAGAGAUAAGACUGAAGACAUGCAUUCAAAAACAACAAAGGAAGGUCUUAAAUUAGAAUCUGAUACAAAAGAAAAUAGAAUAGAAUCUAAAUUGCAUGAUAAACAAACUUCAAAGUCCAAUUCUGAAACCGAAGAUAAUGACGGAAGUAAUUUUAAAGACAGGGGAAAAAGUGAAUCAUCAGGUGUUUGUAAGAAAUCAAAAAAUGAUUCCAUUUCAAAAAAAUCUGAUGGAAAGGACAAAAGACUAUCAUCUGAGUCAGAUGGAAAAUCAAAAAAUGAGGAAAGAAGUUCAGAGAAGUUGGAAUCAAAAGACAGAAGACAGUCUUUAGAGGACAAAGCAAAAAACAAAAAGCAAUCACCCGAAAAAGCUAAAAGUGAUCCUUCAAAAAAAUUAGAUUCAAGAGACAAAAGACAGUCUUUAGAAGGCAAAAUAAAUAAAAGUAGGCGAACUUCUGAGUCUCAUAAAAAAUCUAGCAGUGAAGAAGCUAGUUCAAAAAAUGGAAUGGAAUCAAGAGACAAAAGACAUUCCUCAGAGGACAAGCGAAAAUCCAAAGAUGACAGCUCAAAAAAUUCUGAAAUGAAACAUGACACAGAAAAAUCUUUAGAGUCAAAGAGCAAAGCUAAAGAAGAUGAUGAUGAUGAUGAAAUCCCAAAGAAAUCAUCAAAAUAUGGCAAAACUAAAUUCAGAAAUAUUAGAAUAAUAGAUGAUGAUAGUUCUGAAAAUAGUAAUGAUCUAACUUCUAGAAUUAAAGUACCAGAUGUUCAAGGCAAUGAUAAUAACGAGUCUGUAGAAAAUUGUGAGAACAAUGACAGUACAUUACAGUUGCACAAGUCUAAAAAAAGAAAAUUAAAUGAUUCAGAUAGUGAAACUGAUGACAACAAAAAAUCAGAAGAAGAAAGCCAAAUUAAUUCCGAUAACAUAGAAAACACUCCUCAGACUGAACCUGUAAAACCAUUGAUAAAGUGUGUUAGUCUUACUAAAUUGCUGAAACCAGACAUUUUAGAAAAAAAUGCACCCCAGGAGAAUACUAAAUCCAAGAUUGUUGGGAUUAGUGAGAAGAGUUCUGAAAACAAUCAGAAUACUAAAAAUAAACAAAAUUCAAAACAAGGGAACAAUAAUAAAAUAGAUAGAUAUCUAUCAAAAGUACCAUCCAAAAAGGAUGAUGACUAUUGCAUGCAGAAAAGAAAAGAAGUUAGUAGCUUUGUACCUAAAAAUUUUAGUAUUAAAAUAACUAGACUACCUGAACUGUCUCAAAAUUUUUUACAAAUGCAUAAUUUGAUAAAAAUUACUCAAAAUGAAAGAAUAGUUUGUGAAUUGAUAAAAGAAAAAGGAUUGACUGAAAAUUCUGUAUUAAUUGUAAAUAACCAGUCUGAAGAAGACCAAAAUUCUAGGAGCAAAGAGGCUUCACCAGACAAUUUGAAUGUAGCAAAAAGUGCUCUUCUGGAUGAUUCCGAAUCUGAGAAAUCUGAUGUUGGUAAUAAAUCACCAUCUCCACUACCAAUAACUGAACUAACUGAGAAUGUUAAAAAUGCCUUGCUAAAUGACUCUGAUGCAGAAAAAAGAACUGAAAAAGAAAAUGAAGGUAUAAACAGAAGAAGUCAGGAUCAAGACCAAAUAAAAAACGUCCUCUUGAAUGAUUCUGAUUCAGAUAAAAACCAAAAAGAAAAUGAAAGCAUUAAUGUAAAAAAUAAGGCUAAAACUAAAUUACUUGAAGAUUUUUCUAAGAUCAAAAGUACUUUACUUAAUGAAUCAGAUUCUGAUAACCAUGAAGCUGCAGAUUCAGACAAAGUUCACAAAGAUAAAUCUCCAAAAAAUAACCAGGAUGUUGCUGAUGAACAAAAUAGUUGUGAGCCAGAUAAUUCUCAGUGUCAAAAAGAAGUAGAGUUACAAAACAAAGAAUUAUCACAAGAUAAAGAACAAAACAAUGAGCUGGAAAUGUCGAAAAGUGAAAGGAAAAAAGGCAAAGAAGGAAAACCAAAAUCUAAGAGAAAACACAUAAUGGAGAGCAUGCAUGCAAAAAAAAUGUUACUCACAUACUCCUCUAGCUCUGACACUGAAGACGAACAGUUGAAAAAUGCCCUGAAAGAAAUUAAAGAUUCUCUGCUCAAAGGCAUAUCUAGUUCUGAUGAUGAGAAAAAAAAGAAAGAAAAUGAUGUAACUAAAAAUUCAUCAUCUGAUUCAGAAGAAGAUAUUUUGACAAGGGCAAAAAGUAGUAAAAAAUUAACUAAAGAAGAUAAUACUGCAGAAUCUGGGAGAUCUGGAGACAAUGAGAAGGAUGAUGCAAUGACCAACAAACGUCAAAGGGACAGCGAUGAAACUUCAAAUGAUUCUUUGAAUCCCACUAAAAAAAAGAUGGGGCGUUCUAGGGCACAACCUGGUGGUAGCAGCAAAGAUUCUGACAGCCGGGAUGACAAAGAUAUUGAUGGACUUACAAAUCUCAACAGUCUGAAUAAGAACCGUCGACGGCAUGGUUCAACUUCUACUGAGAAAACCGAAACAAAUUCCAUAAGUUCUACUAAAAAGAUGCCGAAAGUACCACUUAUAAACCAGGAAGAUAUGCUGCAGGCGGAGACCAGUUCCGAAGCAGGCUCCGUCGCGGAGAGCGAAGCUGGAGAAGAUCUACCAUCAAUAUCCUUGACGGGUCUGAAUGGUUCCGGUGGUGAUCACUUAGCUAAAGACGAUUUAUUAGAAGAAAGUGACACUUCAGGGUCAAACAAUGACAAAGAGGAAAAGAAAAUGACUGAUUCAGAUGAGGAAGCAACAAUGAAAGCCAAACGGCGCAAAGCGCACGCGACGAUAUCGUCGGACAGCGAGGCUGGUUCCUCGCGCAAGAAGGACUUCGCCGACACGGAGGCCAAGAUCAGCGACUUCGAAGACUCGGAAGAUGAUGGCUCCUCCGAAUCUAACAAGAAGAAUAAAAGGCGGAAGAAGGCAGUUGACAGUGACGCGUCUGUCGGCUCCUCAUCCAACGACGGAAGCAAAAAGAAGCGGCGGCGCAUCAAACAGCUGAACGACAGCGAUGGCUCCGGCUCCGACACGGAGACCGAAGGCAAGAACAAACACGGCAGGAAGAAUAUCCGUAAGGUGAUGGGCAAAAACCAAUUAGAAGAAGCCACCAAGAAAGCUGCGAGACAAGAAAAAGAGAGGAUUGCCAGAAUUGCUGAGAGACAAAAAAUGUACAAUAACUUGGAAUUCGAUGAAUCGGGGAAGCCAGAUGAAGUGGUCCUGGAAAAAGUAGUAUUAGAUUUCGAUCCGGAAACUAAGAAGCCACUUAUUGAAGUUGACAGAGGACUUGUCAAGAAGUUGAAGCCGCAUCAGGCGAACGGAAUAAAAUUCAUGUGGGACGCGUGUUUCGAAAGUGUGAAACGCAUCAAGAAAGACAAGGGAUCCGGUUGUAUUCUCGCCCAUUGCAUGGGUCUCGGAAAAACCUUACAGGUGGUCUCCCUGACGCAUACGCUGCUGACGCACAGCGAGCUGACAAGCGUGCAGCGGGUGCUGGUGGUGUGCCCGCUGUCCACCGUGCUCAACUGGGUCAACGAGUUCCGCAUGUGGCUGAAGCACGCCGAGAGGGACUACGAGGUCGACGUGUACGAGCUCUCCAGGUACAAACAGAACUCGGAGCGCGCGUUCCAGCUGCAGCAGUGGUUCGACAACGGCGGCGUGUGCGUGCUCGGCUACGAGAUGUUCCGCAACCUGUCCGCCGACAACCCCAAGAAGUUCAAGAAGAAGAUGCUCAAGACCUUCCAGCAGAGCCUCGUGGACCCAGGACCGGACCUAGUGGUAUGCGACGAGGGCCACUUGUUGAAGAAUGAAAAGACCAGCCUCUCUCAAUCCAUGAACAGAGUGAAGACUCUGCGACGCAUCGUACUCACUGGCACGCCGCUACAGAAUAACUUGAAGGAAUACUACUGCAUGGUACAGUUCGUGAAGCCGAACCUUCUUGGAAAAUACAACGAGUACCUCAAUCGCUUCGUCAACCCCAUCACCAACGGCCAGUAUACCGACUCCACGGAACACGAUAUUCGCAUCAUGAAGCGCCGCUCGCACGUGCUGCAUAAGAUGCUGGAUGGAGCUGUACAGAGGCGAGACUACGGCGUACUAGCGCCAUUCCUACCCCCUAAGCAUGAGUAUGUGCUAUUCAUCACACUAUCGGAGGUGCAGUGCAAGCUUUACCAGCACUACCUGGAGAACUACUCGAGAAGACCACUCCCGGGUAAGUCAUCCGGCUUCCUGUUCCCGGAUUUCCAAUCGCUACAGCGGAUAUGGACGCACCCGCUUGUGUUAAAAUACAACUCCGAGCGAUAUGAGAUUAUGCAGCAGAAAAAGAGGGAGAGAGAAGAAGAAGACUCCGAGGGAUCAUUAGUAGAUUUCAUAGAUGAUGAUUCCACUCCAGAAGAGUCGUCAACAGAAGAAUCCACAGACGAAUUGUCAGACAUGAGCGACGAUAGCCGGAAGAAGAGUAAAAAGAAAAAGUCCGCCAAGAAGAGCAAAGCCAAGGACGCCAAGGUCACCACGCGCCGCGGGACCCGGGCCAACCCUGUGGAAAUGGAAGAGGACGAACAAAACGAAAUCGUGGAGCUAAAGAACGAAAACCCUACGGAGUGGUGGAUCAAGCUGGUGACAGAGGACGAACUGGAAGACAUGCGCCACUCGCACAAGCUCGUGCUGCUGUUCGACAUUUUGCGCCAGUGCGAGGCCAUCGGCGACAAGCUACUGGUGUUCUCCCAAUCAUUGUACUCGUUAGAUCUCAUUGAGCACUUCCUCGGUAAAGUGGACGAAGCGACGCAAGAAGGACGCAUUGACGAGAAACUAGGCGGUCACGUGGGUUCAUGGUCGCCAGGUGUGGACUACUUCAGGCUUGACGGAUCGACGUCGUGUGAAAACAGAUCUAUUUGGUGCAAAAAUUUCAACAGAGAAGACAAUCCUAGAGCAAGAUUAUUCCUGAUCUCGACACGCGCGGGCGGACUGGGCAUCAACUUGGUAGCGGCCAAUCGCGUGGUCAUCUUUGACGUUUCGUGGAAUCCUUCCCACGACGUUCAGAGUAUCUUCCGCGUGUACCGCUUCGGCCAGAAGAAGCCGUGCUAUAUCUACCGGUUCUUGGUCAUGGGCACAAUGGAAGAGAAAAUCUACGAGCGGCAAGUGACAAAGCAGGCGAUAUCGAAGCGCGUGAUCGACGAGCAACAGAUCGACCGGCACUACGCGGAGAACGACCUCGCAGAACUAUACAAGUUCGAGCCCACGCCGCCGCAGCCGCGCCCGCUGCCGCCGCUGCCCAAGGACCGCCUGUUCGCCGAGAUGCUACGCGAACAUGACAAGCAGAUAUACAAGUACCACGAGCACGACUCGCUGCUUGAGAACAAAGAGGAAGAAACUCUAAGUGAGGAGGAACGUAAAGCAGCGUGGGAGGACUUUGAGAACGAGAAGAACCGCCCGCCGCCCGCGCCCUUCCCCUCCGGCUGGCCCAUGGCCAACGGCAUGAUGUCCGGGCUAAUAGCGCAGCAGCAGCAGCAAUUAGCAUACGCGGCGCUGGCGGCCAUGCUGCGCAAGGACAUGCCCAACAUCAACGACAACCAGAUCCGAGACAUGCUGCCGCUCAUCUACAACGCCAACCCUGCCCUGAUGCAGAAAAUGAGUGAGAUUUACAAGUACGCGCAACCUGGAAUGAUGAACCCCAUGAUGCACCCCAUGCUAGCGGGCGGCGGCGCGGCGCCGGGCCCGGGCGGCAUGAGCGGCUCGAGCGGGCUGCAGUACGAGCCGCCGUGGCAGCGCCAGCAGCAGCAGCAGCAGCAGCAGCGCUUGCAGCAGCUGCUGCAGCAGAACCAAAUGGGCGCUAAGUACUACGCGGGCGGGCUCGGCAGCCGCGACCCGGUGGCGAUGGCGCUGCAACAACAGCGGGCGCGCGAGAUGCUCACGGGCGAGCGAGGCCGGCCCCGGGGCCGCCCGCCGCUGCAGCCGCGGGCUCCGCCGCCGCACGCUAGCGGGGACGUGGUCAACCUGGACUCCGACUAGACUGGUUCCAUGACAGUGUAUAGUGAACAGAUGUGUACAGUAAAGAUAUAAUAGGUGCUUCAUGAAGAUGGGGCGAGGGGGCCGCAGCCCGACGACCGCCUAGAGGCUUUCCAACACCCACAUAUCAUGAAUCUCAAUAUAUUUUGACUGUUAUUUUGAAACGUUCGGGGACAAAUGCAAUGUUCAAAUCUUAUAUUUUAUUCCAUUUAUGAAUUUCUAUGUUUCUAUGACAUGCAAUAAGCAACACGCCGGUCUUUAAGGUUCGUAACGGCUAUUGCUAUGUAUGACAUCAAAGUGCACUAAACUUUUUAAUAUUAAUAUUGUAUGGAGGAUUGUCGUGUCCACAUAUCAGUGAAUCUCGAUUUUUGUUAUAACUCAAAUGCAUUCUGUGACCAGUGGAAGCCUAUGGCGUAGACUUAAUUGUAAUAAUCGCACAAGUUUCGUCAUAUUUUAAGGUUUCUUAGUCGCGCGCUCAAACCUAAAAUGUGACACUUGUGCACAUUUGAAUAGACAUUCUAUUAUCUGACACUCGUAGGGUAAUGGCAUUAUUUGGACAAAAUUUUAACUAAAGCGUCCUAUAUUUGUGGUCAUACAGCAUUUAGUCAAAAAAGUUGGCUACCUGCGAUUUUUGUAUGCAUGUCUCUUUUUACUCUACCACCACGAUUCUACAGAUCAUUUUAAAAACCCAUCUUUUGGAUUAUAACAGAUUGGACCAUUUAUUUUAACACGCCAUUUUUUUUAAACCUUCCCACUGUAUGAUAACAGUGCCAGACAGCACACAUUUUAAUUUUCAUUUGAUGUUUCUUCUACCGCAAAUAUUGGACGCCGUGAGUGUCGGCUUGAUAUUAUUUUAAAUAUAUCUCUCAGUACAGGAACUUAGAAAUUAAGGUAUGUUAUAUGUCAGUAGCUAGAAGACUUUUGUGUGGUAUCAAGAUAUGGAGAGCCACAAGUAUCAUGUCGAUAUUCACUGCACGAUCAUACGCACUCAAUAUAUUAUAACAUUAACAAUAUAGUGAUGUAUUUGUGCUACUAUAGUAACAUCAACACCAAUUUGCAUAGAAAAUGUAUUGGUUUAUUUGUCAUGUUUUGAAUUCAUUUCAUAAAUUAGUAUCGUGUGGUGAUCUCUAUUUUUGUAUGAUGCAAAAAUCAUGUUUUUUCUUCCACUAAGGUUUUGUCAUUGAUGAUAGAAAAUAUAUCUUAAAAUAGUUACCUUUUAAUAUUGGGUAUGUUAACAAACAACAUGACAUAUGGAUUUUCCAUAAAUAUGAUGUAGAUUAAUUGUGUAGUUGAUAUUCAAUCGCAACAUAAUAUAUUAAAUUUGAAAAACAACUGAAAGAUUACACUCUGAAAUAAAUGUGUCUCCAUAUUUUCAUGGAGCUGAUUGAAAUUUGAAAAUGACAUGGAUUAUAAAAAUGGCUUACAUUUCCUGACUUUGUUGAUUCAGAGUAAUUAUAAAUUCAUUAGAGAUUAAAGAAAAUAGUGACUUGUUUAUAAUUUUUUUAACUCUUCCAUAACUUACUAUCAAACACCGUCUUGUUAGAAGCAAAUGUUCAAUGUAUGAAUGAUCGAUCACACUUGUGCAUGUUCUUCAAUAAGUAAGAAAUUCUUCUCUAAGGGGUUUUGGUGUAUUGUUGUGGAUCAUUGUAUUUCAUACAAAGAGUUACACCAGCUGUAACUGUUAUGGUUCAUUUUAUUUAUUCGGCCUGGUAUGACAGGUGGUUUAGUUGUGAUAUUGCCUAAUCUUAAAUUUUUGUAUACGUUUACUUUUAAUUGAGUCACAGUUGUGACUUUAAUAUUAAAUCCAGCAAUCUGUAGCUCUAUUUUAGAUAAUUACCAACCAGCGCGCGACAGACGGAAAUGCAUUUCUAUAGCUGAAGGAUUUCGUUUUCUAAAAGAGAAAUUCUGUUUGUUUUUAUGAUGUUCUUUUUACUGAUUUCAUAGAUUUUAUGCUAAGAUAAUGUUAUUUAUAGUUAUAAUACAUAUACCUAUGUUUACAAAUGAGCAGUAUUUCAGUUAGUUUAUAAGUUCGUUUUUACAUGAGCAUAUUCACAGGUAGGUAUUGUUUUUUUUUUCAAUAGAAAUUGCUACUUAAUUUUGAGGUCGCUGCACACCAGCGAGAACCGCUGUAAUUGUUUCUUAUUUAUGUAUGUAAUAUAUAAUGUAAUAACUGUAGAAAUCUUCCUAUUAUUUUGUAGUACAAUCAAAGUAUAAUAAAUAAUUUGGAAAUGUGUAAA